CGAGACCUCCAAGGAGACGCACAGAAACUUCUGGACGCGGAGGAACCGAGCCGCAGCCCAGACCUCGCACGGUGCCUCCUACGACGGCUCGGGAGGAGGAGCGGUUUUGAGGUGGGGGGAGAACGCUCCGGUCCGGUGGAUGAAGUCUCCUCGGUUCUCCCAUCCGCGCGUCGCAGCCCGACUGUCUCUCAUUACGUAAGCCACCGUGUCGCUCUGCCUCGGUUUUCCUGGAACCGGAGGAGGACUAGGAGGAGGUGGCUCUGCGGUGACACUCGCGGAACCGGAGAGCUUCAGGAAACCCCGGUUCCAGCGGUGAUGAGAGCUCAGUCGGUUUGCUGCCAGAACGCAUCUGGAACGGAUCACGGAGGGACCUGCUCCCCCCAGAGGACCGGACCGUAACUCACGGCGGAGGGAUGACUUUUAGCUCGCGCUGACCGAACCGAGCCGGAGAUCGGAACCAGACUUCCUGCAGACGCUUUGGACAUGCUGGAUCUCCUCCUGCGUCCGGAAAUCACCGAGGAUUAGACAGCUGGAAGCUGCGAUGCUGUGAAGAUGUGCGCAGCCAGGUUCAGCGGCUGCCUGAACGGCUGUACCGAGGAGCCCCCGGCCUCCAGGAUGCUGGACUGGACCGAGGCCGGGCCCAGCAUCCUCCACAGCCUGGAGAUGGGCACGGAGAUGACCAUCUUCUACCAGAAGAAGUCCCAGAGGCCCGAGAGGAAGACCUUCCAGAUAAGGCAGGACACCAGGCAGAUAGUGUGGAGUAGAAAUCCUGGGAAAACAGAAGGAGAAGUUGACAUACGGGAGAUCCGGGAGCUGCGGUUGGGGAAGGGCUCCCGGGACUUUGAGCGUUACCCGGAGGAAACUCGUAAACUGGAGCCGACCCACUGCUUCAUCAUUCUGUACGGACUGGAGUUCCGCCUCCGGACCCUGAGUCUAGCAGCCUUCAGCGAGGACGAAGUCAACAUGUGGAUCACCGGACUCAGCUGGCUGAUGAUGGACACUCAGAGAGCGCCAGCGCCGCAGCAGAUCGACAGGUGGUUGAGGAAGCAGUUUGAGGUCCUGGACCGGAGCCAUGAGGGCAGCAUCACGCUGAAAGAUGUCAAAGCUCUUCUGCCUCAGAUCAACUACCGAGUUCCCAACACGCGAUUCCUCAAAGACAAGCUCCAGGAGGUGGAGGCGAGGAGCGAGCUGUCGUACCCAAACUUCGCUCAGCUCUACAGAACGCUGAUGUUCGACUCCCAGAAGAGCAUUAUUGAGCAGCUGGAGCUCUCCUUUCCCCUACGAAAUGUCGACCGGCCUGAGCUCUGUCAGAUCUCGCUCUACGACUUCCAGAAGUUUUUACAGAUGGACCAGAAGGAGUCCUGGGCGUCGGAUCUGGGUCGGGUCAGAGAGUUUCUGAUGGGCUACGUGACGGGGGGGUCACAGCCAGAACCAAUGCUACAGCUGGAUGAGUUCCUGACCUUCCUGUUCUCUAAAGAAAACUCCAUUUGUGACCCUCGCCUGUCUCCCGUCAUUCCUGGUGACAUGAAACGACCUCUGUCUCAGUACUGGAUCUCCUCCUCACACAACACCUACCUGACAGGUGACCAGUUUUCCAGUGAAUCCUCUCUAGAAGCCUACGCGCGGUGUCUGAGGAUGGGCUGCCGCUGCAUCGAGCUGGAUUGCUGGGAUGGACCUGACGACCUACCAAUCAUCUACCACGGUCACACUUUAACCUCAAAGAUCAAAUUCUUGGAUGUGCUGCACACCAUCAAAGAACACGCCUUCGUCACGUCAGAGUAUCCUGUGGUCCUGUCCAUCGAGGACCACUGCAGCGUGGUCCAGCAAAGGAACAUGGCCACACACUUCAAGAAGGUGUUUGGAGAUCUGUUGCUCAUGAAACCUGUGGACAACAACGCGGACGAACUCCCAUCCCCAUAUCAGCUCCGCAGGAAGAUCCUCAUCAAGCACAAGAAGCUAGUGGAAGGAAGCGUGUAUGAGGAGGUAGCGUCAGCCAGCUACUCUGAAAACGACAUCAGCAACUCGCUGAAGAAUGGCUUCCUUUACCUGGAGGAUCCCAUUGACCACACAUGGACGCCACAUUAUUUUGUCUUAACCAGCAAUAAGAUUUAUUACUCAGAAGAGACGUCUCACAGCCAGACGGCUGAUGAAGAGGAGGAAGACGAAGGAAAGGAAGAGUGCAACAACAACGAGCAGCACUGUGCGGAGCGCUGGUUCCACGGGAAGCUGGGCGGAGGGCGGGAUGGUCGGCAGGUGGCGGAGAAGCUUCUGCAGGAAUACUGCGAGGGUGGCGGAAAAGAUGGCACCUUCCUGGUGCGGGAGAGCGAGACGUUUGUGGGAGAUUUUACCCUCUCGUUCUGGCGGUCUGGUCGGGUCCAGCACUGCCGCAUCCACUCCCGUCAGGAAAGGGGCUGCACCCGCUUCUACCUGACGGACAACCUGGUGUUUGACAGCCUCUACCGUCUCAUCUGCCACUACAGAGAAACGCCGCUGCGCUGCAACGAGUUUGAGAUGAAGCUGGGAAACCCCGUGCCUCAACCCAACGCUCACGAGAGCCGAGAGUGGUACCACUGCAACCUGUCCCGUGUUCAGGCUGAACACAUGCUGAUGAGAGUUCCCAGAGACGGAGCCUUCCUGGUGCGAAAACGCAGCGAGCACAACUCCUACGCCAUCUCCUUCAGGGCGGAGGGGAAAAUCAAACACUGUCGUAUCCAACAGGAGGGUCGGCUCUUCAUGCUGGGAAGUUCAGCUGAGUUUGAGAGUCUGGUGGAUCUGGUGAACUACUACAUGAAGCAUCCUCUCUACCGGAAGAUGAAGCUCCGAUAUCCAAUCAACGAAGACACUCUGGACCGGAUGGGAACAACGGAGCUGGACUACGGAGCGCUGUACGAGGUCCGCACUCCUCACUUCUACGUGGAAGCCAACAAGAUGCCCACAGCGCGGUGUACGGUCAAAGCCCUGUACGACUACCGAGCUCAGAGAGAAGACGAGCUUUGCUUCCCCAAACAGGCGCUCAUCAUCAACGUGGAGAAGCAGGAAGGAGGCUGGUGGCGCGGCGACUAUGGAGGAAAGAAGCAGCUGUGGUUCCCUGCCAACUACGUGGAGGAGUCGCCCAGCUCUCCCACCAGGGAGCUGGACGACACUUCGACAGAAAACAGCCCUCUGGGAACGUUCCUGAAGGGCUUCAUCGAUGUUCCCACCUGCCACGUUGUGGUGCACAAAGAUGGGAAGAACUCUCGGCUGUUCGUGUUCACCAUCCACUCUCAGCACACGUCCUCUCACCCGGCCCAGACUCUGGACGUGGCGGCCGACAGCUUGGAGGAUCUGAACGAUUGGGUCAGCAGAAUUCGAGAGGCCACGCAGAACGCUGACGCCCGGAUGCAGGAGGAGAAACAGAUGGAGAGGAGGAAGAAGAUCGCUGUGGAGCUCUCGGAUCUCGUGGUUUACUGCAGGCCGGUCCCCUUCAGCGAAGACAAGAUCGGGACGGAGCGCGCCUGUUACCGUGACAUGUCGUCCUUCCCGGAGACAAAAGCAGAGAAGCUUGCGACUCACGCUCGAGGGAAGCGCUUCCUGCAGUACAACCGCCGGCAGCUGUCCAGAGUUUACCCCAAAGGACAGAGACUGGACUCGUCCAAUUAUGACCCGCUGCCCAUGUGGCUCUGCGGCUCCCAGCUGGUCGCACUCAAUUUCCAAACUCCAGAUAAACCCAUGCAGCUGAACCAGGCCUUGUUCAUGCUCGGAGGCGGCAGCGGCUACGUUCUCCAGCCCGACAUCAUGAGAGAAGACCUCUUUGACCCUUUUGAUAAGAACACGCUGCUCGUUGAGCCAAUCACCAUCCAGCUGCAGGUGUUGGGAGCUCGUCACCUCCCCAAAAAUGGGCGGAGCAUUGUUUGUCCGUUCGUAGAGGUGGAGAUCUGUGGAACCGACUACGAUAACUGCAAGUGCAAGACGGAUGUUGUAGCUGAUAACGGUCUGAAUCCCGUGUGGGUGCAGAAGCAGUUUGUCUUCGACAUCCACAACCCCACCUUCUCCUUCCUGCGCUUCACCGUCUUUGAGGAGGACAUGUUCAGUGACCCCAACUUCCUGGCGCAUGCCACGGCUGAUGGAGAAGAAGAAGAAGGGGAAACUGAGGCAGCAGGUGGCAGCAAAGCGCAGCUAAUCACCCGCCCACCAGAGGGCGCUGCUCCACAGCACAAACCGUGCCUGACUACAUGCGAAGCGACUUUCUGCCUCCACAGACGCGACAUGCAGUCCAAACCUUGUAACUAGGAGAACAAUCCAAACUCCCACCUCAGAAAACAUGGGAGACAGCAGAAAGCAUUAGGAUGAAGAGAAGCUUCUGGUGGACUACAGACACUAAACUUAAGCUGUAAACAACCAGGAAGGAGGCUGGAACACAUUCAGAGCAAACUGUGGCCAUGUUUUCAUUUUACUCAGUGGGAACUUAAGCAGAAAUUUCACAUUUACAAAUGUGUUGUGUGUGUGUGUGUGUGUGUGUGUGUGUGUGUGUGUGUGUGUGUGUGUGUGUGUGUGUGUGUGUGUGUGAGAGAGAGAGAGAGAGAGAGAGAGAGAGAGAGAGUAAAACGGCUUUAGUCAGAGGCUCGUUAGCUCCUCAGCAUCCAGAAUGAUAAUGAAUCGAGCGUGCAGGAAGACCCACGGGCUGAUUCUAUCCCCUAAAUCGGAGGCUCCCCCAAUGGUUGGUGUGAUUUUGAGCCGGCCAAUCAGCCGGCAGUGGGUGUGUUAGACCUGUCUGGCUACAGGUAGACCUCCUCCAGAAGAGGGCUGAAAAGACGUCCGGUUGCAUGAGGGAAAAUUCAACGCCACCUAAACGAGGACACUCCCAACCCGGUCCUGAUGCUAGCGUGUAAGUGCCACUAGAGUCCUACACUCCACCCCUAGGUGCUUUAACACAACCUGUCAUUCAUUCUCACACACACACACUCACACACACAUCUAAACACUGGUCAGGAUACAGCUUCACUGAACAAUGGUGCCACUGGUACCUCCGGCCACCACCAGCAGAUGAAGUGCCUUGCCCAAGGACACGACUGCUACAGACGUGGUAGGGCUCCAACCUGAAACCCCGUUACGGGGCAGGCACUAAGCUCCUCUGCCACCGUUGCCCCUGUGCAAUAAAUACAAGUGUGUGUGUGUGUGUGUGUGUGUGUGUGUGUGUGUGUGUGUGCGCGCGCGCGCGCAUCCAACGGUGUCUAAGUCUUAAAAUGUAGCUUAAAUUCACCAUCUCACCUGUAAAGUUUUCGUCGUAAAGGUUGCGUAGAAAGUGACGUCCGUGUGCUUCGGGAGACUGACUCUUUGUGCACACUCGGCUUUAUUAAUGAGGCCCUUGGUUUAGUUGCCUUUUUGCUCCGACUUGUGUUCCAGACUUGACCAGGAGAAAACUCAGGUUACACACAAGAAUCAAGCCAGUUAAAGCCUGGAUGAACAGGGAGCCGUGGGCAGCAAAGAGGAAAUAUCCUGUUUGUGCCUUUAGUUGUUUUUUAAGGACAGCUUUAAAAGCUGCUUUUCAUAACUGGAAAGGAAAACCGCUGAAACUGGAAGUGAAUCGGCUCAGAGCACUCUAAUCGUUACAGGGUGGAGGCCUGCUCGCUUUAGCCCGCCUCUUUUGGGGCGAUCCUGUGAACUUUGCCCUCAGGUGUCCUUGUUCUGCCUGGAAGAGCACAACUCCUCAUGAGAAGGUCUUCUUCUAAGGGCUCUAUGUGAAUCCACACUACCUUCAGAGAGAGGGCGCUCCCUGGAGGUCACCAGUCUCACUUUCAGAAAAGGGCUAACGCAGAAAACUAGCAGAAAUGAUGUAAACCUGCAGGCUCUGUUUGCUUCAGCUGGUCCCAGAUCUGCCAAAAGCAGCUUUGAUCACUGCAUGGCUUCGUGUCGCCCACCUCCCUUCACCCCUAGUUUCUCCUCAUGUAUAUAUUUUUUAUUUAAUACACAGAUGUAGAUCCUGUUUUAUGGUAACCCACCCAGGAUGAAUAUGCUGGAACUUUAUGUAGAUUUCAUUAUGAGUUCCCUUUAAAGCGCCCCAUAGAUACAACCCCCUCACUCUCCCUACUUCUAUGCAAAACUCCUCGUAUCGGCCACGGCCGUUGUGUAUUAAAGGAAUCUGAGUGGAGAUGUGUUUUCUCUCUACUUCUGCUUAUUGUUCAGCAUUAUUACUCUGCAUUACCAACCCUGUACACGUUUCCAGUUAAUAAAACUAUUUCAUGUA